AUAAAGUUAUCAUCGCUUAUAUUGGAAGUGGUACAAUGAACGACGAUCAACAAUGGAUUCCACCAGCCUUAAUUUCACACGGAACUCAUGCACUCCAGAUUUUUGCAAACAUGCCACCAGAAAACGAAAGGCAUCAUCUUACAAGUUUCGAAGAGUACGAUUAAAGUGGAUUCUCAGCAGUGUUCCGUGUGUUGCAGUAUUGCUAUUAACGUUCAUUCCAAUAGUGUCAUGUAAUCGUCCACCUCGGUUUUUGAUCGACGGUCAUUCAGAAAUAGUGCUUAGGCUAAAAGAAGGGCCCGACACGCCAGUCGGUUCACUGAUAUACAAAUUGAAAGGUUACGAUCCCGAUGAGGAUCCUUUAACAUUUGGAGUCCGUAAAGCGGUGGACAGUGAUGUGAUAAGAGUGGAACGAAGUGGUGUGAAUGAGGCUAAUGUUUACUUAAACAAAGAACUUGAUCGAGAAACCAAAGAUGAGUACUCAUUAAUAUUAACGCUAAGUGAUGGGCGCUUGGGUGAAUUUUCCGUUACCCAAAGCAUGUUGCUGCUUGUGGAAGAUAUAAACGACAACGAACCAAUAUUUAAGCCAUACACAUCGGCUGUAGAAGUGUCAGAGGACAGCAAACCGGGAAUCAUUGCUACGGUGGAGGCAACGGACCGUGACGAAGGAGCAUAUGGCCAGGUGGUUUACUACUUGGAAGAAUUGGACGGGGAUAACGAUGUGUUCACUAUAUCAACCACCUAUGGAAAAGGGAUUAUACGAUUAGUUGGCUCAUUAGACUAUGAAAGGAAAAGUUUAUAUCAGCUGCGCGUCCUGGCAAAGGACAGAGCCAAUCAGGGAAGAACUAACACCGGAACUGCUGCAUUACUAGUAAAGGUCAAAGAUGUCGAAGAUCAACCUCCAGAGUUUAUUGUGGCAUCAACAGUAAUACGAGUGCCGGAAGAUGCUCCGAUCGGAACAACUGUAACUCAAGUAAAAGCCAUCGAUGGCGACCGAGGCGUGAACAACCGCAUAAGGUAUUCCAUAUCUCGAAACAUCAGCAGUCCGUUCAGAAUCGAUGGAAGUCUGGGCACCAUUUCUACCACGAUGAAAUUGGAUCGAGAGGAUGCCAGAAAUCGAGCGAAUGCAGCAUAUAUCUUAGAAAUUGUAGCAACGGAACAGAACUCAAAAAUUAAGCCAACGCCAUCGGUUCGAACAGAAAUCACCAUAAUUAUAACGGAUGUGAAUGAUGAAACUCCAACGUUCAGAAGUCACUCGUACGAAAGUGAAAUCAAUGAAAAUGCACAAGAAAACACUCCAGUAUCGUUUCUCGGCUUUUCCCGGAAUGAAGUGUUUGAUUACGACCAAGGGCAUAACGGUACAUUUGAUCUCUAUUUAGAGCCAAAUAAUGGACUAUUCGAAAUAACUCCCAGUAGAGCAGUGAACGAAGCCACUUUCGUUUUGCGUGUGAAGGAUUCAACUUUGCUGGACUACGAGAAAGUGAAGUCAAUGAAUUUCACAAUUCAUGCCAGGGAGAUUGCUCCAGAGGGAAAGCAUAGCAUGGCAACGAUUGUCGUCCACAUCAGAGAUCAAAACGACAAUUUUCCCGAAUUCUCGAAAGCGUCAUACGAGUGCUAUCUGCCAGAGAACAGUGGGGUAGGGGCUUUGCUGACUCAAAUCCAAGCGGUUGAUGUCGAUUCAGGCGAUUUUGGAACGAGUGGCAUCCGAUUCAUAAGUCUAUCGGGAAGUAUAGCGGACUUGUUGGCAUUGAAUCCGUUGACUGGAGUCAUAACCAUUAAGGCACCAGGAGGGCAUGCCUUAGAUCGAGAGCUAGUUCAGAAGCAUUAUCUCACAAUCGAAGCGAGGGAUAAUCUAGGACGUGGAAAUCGUAACUCUGUACAAUUGGUCGUACAUAUUCUUGAUGUCAAUGAUAAUGCUCCAGUGUUCUUACAAAGUAUGUACGAAGCUCGUCUGAUGGAGAACAAGCUAUCUUUUGAGACACCGCUUGUUUUAGAGGCAAGAGACGCUGAUUUGAAUGGGACCAAAAACAGUGAAAUUAAAUUCGAAAUUGUUGAGGGACAAUUCAAAGAUAAUUUCACUAUAGAUGCUAAGUCAGGCAAGCUAGUUCCUCUUACACCCAUUGAUUUUGAGCUUCUGACCAGUGGAACGUUCAAUAUAAGACCGAUUUUCCUGACUGUGUUGGCAUCGGACAGUGGAGUGCCUAAACUAAGUACAAAAGUACCGGUUACCAUACACGUACAAGACGUGAACGAUCAUCCUCCGCAAUUUUUGCAUUCAGUUUACACGCAGUCUGUUCCAGAGAAUUUGCCAAGUGGUAGUCCUAUUUUGGAAGUGAAGGCCAUUGACAAAGACGGAUCAUCACCGAAUAAUUUCAUCGUUUAUCGUAUUCAAAGCGGAGCAAGUGACAAGUUUGUCAUCAGCCCUGAUACCGGUAUUAUUUCUGUAGCUACUGGCGCUAGCUUGGACCCGGAUAUGACAGACCCUAAAACGACAGAAUACUUCCUUAAUGUGUUAGCCCUCGAUGGUGGAAUCGGCGAACAACAGUUGCAAAGCUUUUGCAGAGUGAACAUAUCAAUUAAGGAUGUGAAUAACAAAUCGCCAUACUUUUUGGAACCAGGAACCAUAUCAAUCCGGGAAAAUACUCCGGUCGGGACGUAUGCGUAUCGACUGCUGGCUAAUGAUCUUGACAAAGAGCCCAUUCUUCGCUACUACAUGGACAGCAACACUUCAGAGGCUCGAUCGGAAGAAGGGGCACUGGUGAAAUUAAGCGAAUAUGACUAUUUAACAGCAUUUAUGUUGAAUUCCACUGAUGGAUUGAUACGGGUAAUAAAACUGCUCGACCGAGAGAAGGUGGAAAUAAUCAAAUUAGGAUUUAUCGUCGAGGACAUUGCGGCCGAAUUUGGGAAACAAACAGCAACGACCACGUUGACAAUCGUGGUGGAAGACGAAAACGACAAUAAUCCCAAAUUCAGAAACUCGUUCUACAAGCGCUCCAUCCCCGAAAACAGUCCCCACGGUGUAACGAUUAUGAGUGUGGUGGCGGACGACAUGGACAAAAACAAGACCAUUCGUUAUAGCUUAGAAGGGCCUAAAGAAAUAACUGAACUCCUCCAUUUGGAUAUGGAAACUGGAGAAAUUGUUGUUUCCAACAAAAUCGACUACGAAAUUUUUCCAUGGUUGAAUUUCACCGUAAGAGCCAUAGAUUCGGGACAUCCACCGAGGUCAUCAUUGGCAGAAGUAUUUAUCCAGGUGAUAGAUGAAAACGAUAACAACCCGUACUUUCCAAUUGACACCACAAAUUUUACGGUGUACGAGAAUUCGAUGAUUGGAACAAGAAUUGCAACCAUACAGGCCCUUGAUCCAGAUUCUGGAGCAUUCGGAAAAAUAACGUAUUUGAUUGAUAGAGUCAGUGCCAGUGGAAAAUUCUCUAUAGAUCCAGAUACAGGUCUAUUAGUAGUUGCCGACUUCUUAGAUAGAGAGAAGCAGGAUUCUUACAUGAUUGUGAUCGAGGCUUGGGACAACUAUCAAUUUGGCUAUCUUAGUGGAGAAAGUCGUAAUGCCUUCAAACAAAUAUUCAUCUCCGUUCUAGAUGAGAAUGAUAACGCCCCAAUCAUACAGGUGCCAGACGGUUGCGUUCAAGUGACUGAAUUCCACGACAUUCGUGAACCCUUGCUGGUUCUGAAAGCUACGGAUGCUGACGACCCAAAGACAGGAAAUGGCCUAAUUGGAUUUGACAUCAUCGACGUUGCUGGCUCGGAUAUAUUUUUCCUGCGGCAAAAAGAGAGAGGCGUGGCAGAGAUUUUUUCCAGUCGGUCACUGAAUAACUUCUAUGGUAACUAUUCAUUGCUCAUAAUGGCACGGGAUGAAGGUAGUCCACCUAAUACCGUGAACGAGAAAAUCGAUAUCUGUGUGCUUGAUUUCAACGAUCAUGCUCCAGAGUUUGUAUCGCCUUCCAGUAAUAUUACUAUUCGCAUUCCAGAGAAUGCAACUGUCGGUACCAUGAUAAUUCAAGUAAUGGCCAGAGAUAACGACAUUGGUCCGAAUGCUGCAGUAAGGUAUCGAUUUAAGCCUGAUCCGCUGGGCAGCUUUAGGUCGUUUUCAAUCGACGAAGAUACUGGAUCGAUUACACUAAAGUUACCUCUGGAUCGGGAACGUCAAAAGGUUCAUGAGCUUCGAGUGGAGGCUUAUGAUCAGGGAAUUCCAACACCGCUUAGUUCCGACUUGGACCUCACAAUUUACGUUCGUAAUGUUAACGACUAUGAGCCACAGUUUCUGGUCGAGGAGAUAUCGGUUAACUUUACGGAACAUGCCAGGCCUGGGUUGGAGCGCAGACAACUUCCAGAUACUAUUGACCGAGACGAAGUGGAUGAUUUGGAUGAUCCACCUACUAUGGUGUGCUAUUUCAUAGUUUACGGCAAUGAAAACGGACAUUUUCAUUUGGAUCCUCACUCUCACAUAUUAACGGUAACAAAAGAGUUAGACCGUGAGUCCAGAUCCAAUCACACGCUUGUUGUGAAGGCAACGGAGGAUUGCAUCAAUACUCCACCUAGCAUAAACCUAAGUCGACCGGAAGCUAUUGCACUUCAGAAACCAACGCCUUUCAAAUAUCAUCAAAGGACAACCAAACCGACGACUGCGGUAGCAAGUCAAUAUGUCAGUAUUUAUGACCGAUAUAAGAAGUCUCGCAGCUUUGAUACUCCAGGAACUGAGAUUGACAUCAAGCAGGGAGCCGUGAGUUGGCAAUCUGACGCUGAUUCUGCACCUUCAUCAUUAUUAAUGCCACGCUUCGAGAAAUACACGGGACAGCUAUUUUACCACAACGACAACACGUUGGUUCGGGUGCUGAUCCAUGUACAAGAUAUUAACGAUAAUCCUCCGGUGUUUAUACAGAAGAUUUUCACCGGUGGAGUCACCACAUCCACUGUCUUUGGUACUCAAUUCUUAAAGCUCACGGCAAUCGAUCGGGAUCACGGUGCAAAUGGCCAGGUAAGCUACUACCAAAUAGGAGACAUCAAAAAAACGCUCACCGAAGGAUUGGAAAAUGUGCAAAAACCACCGUUUCUGGUCGACCGCCGAACUGGAGCAGUUCAAUUAAAUUUCGAUCCACAAAAGGGCAUGAAAGGCUAUUUUGAUUUUAAAGUUUUAGCCAACGACAGCGCUGGCCAUUCCGACGAGGCCCAUGUAUUCAUUUACCUAUUACGAGAGGAUCAAAGAGUAAAGUUUGUCCUUCGCUUGCAGCCGACCGAAGUGCGGGAGAAAAUUUUCACUUUCCGGGACGUGCUGAGUAACGUGAGUAGCAGCAUCGUGAAUAUCGAUGACUUUCGAAUCCACGAGAAUCGCGACGGGUCCGUGGACAAGACCAAGACCGACCUGUAUCUGCACCUGGUGAACCGUCAGGAUAAUUCCAUUUUGGAAGUUUCGGAUGUUUUAAAAAUAGUAGAUCAAAACAUCGAAAAGUUGGACGAGCUGUUCAAGGAAUUCAACGUCCUCGAUACCCAGGCUUCGGAAGCAUCGUUUUUCGUCGCAGAGUUAUCCGGUGCACCAAUGCUGAUAUGGUUAUUUGUGUCCAAUUUGUUUAUCGGAGCCCUACUCAUCGUGGUUCUAGGACUCUGUGCGUCACAACGUGCGAGUUACAGGCGUCAAUUACGGGCUGCUCGUGUCGCCAAUUAUGCAGCAGCACAUUCCGAUCUUGUGGCACGCGGUGUCAUGAACUCUGUUCCAAAUACCAACAAGCAUAGCGUCGAAGGAAGCAAUCCCAUUUGGAUGAAAGCUUAUGAGAACGAGUGGUUUAAAAACGAUGAUGACCUUACUAAAAACAUUUCCGGACCAGAAUCGAUGGACGACAACGUAAUCAACUCGGAUGAUUACGUUCCAAAAGUGUACAACACGGACAGGUAUGAUAUCGUGAAGCAGUACAACUUAUAUUCACAGAUUGACAAACUAACGAAUGGAAACAUACUCACAAAAAAACUGGAAACAACUGAGCUUUAAUUUACAUCCAACCGAAAUAAAAAUAUAUUUUAAAAAAUCUCA